AUGGCUAGACAUGAAAUACAGAAAAAUCCCAGAGUCGACGUCAAAAUGAAAUUAAUUGGGAAACGCACUCAGGAUGCCAAAACAUAUAAUCUACCGACAGUGUCAGAGGUUGCUGCUAUUGUUGUUGGUGAUUUAGAUCCAAUGUUGGGUGAAAGAGAUAUAUUGAUAGAAACAAAAUCAGGUGUGCUUAAGAGAAUUACUGAACUUAAUCCAGCAUACCUCCCACUUCAGUAUCCAAUUUUGUUCCCGUAUGGUGAAGAUGGUUAUAGAGAGGAUAUCCCUUUCAAUGUUGAAAGACAUAUUGAUAAAGGAGCACGACAUAGUGUUUCUCUCCGCGAAUAUCUUUCAUUUCGUAUUCAUGAGCGGCUGAAUGAAAUUUCAACAUUUUUAUUUGCUAAAAGAUUAUUUCAACAAUUUUUAGUUGAUGGCUACACUAUGGUUGAAUCUGCUCGACUACUUUACAUUCGUACACAUCAAAAAAGUCUACGAUGUGGAUCAUAUAAAGGGCUUUUUGAUGCUUUGACGCGUGGAGAAGUUCAGCCCAGGACUCAUGGCAGGCGUAUUGUAUUGCCUUCUAGCUUCACAGGUGGUGCUCGAUAUAUGGUUCAGAAUUACCAAGAUGCUAUGGCAAUAUGUGGUUGGAUUGGUUAUCCAAAUUUAUUUAUCACCUUUACAUGUAAUCCAAAAUGGCCAGAAAUACAACGACUGUUGGAAGGGCGGAACUUGAGACCUGAAGAUCGUCCUGAUGUAUUAUGUCGUGUAUUUAAAAUGAAAUUGGAUACUCUGGUUAGGGAGAUAAGUAGUGGUUCUAUUUUUGGAAAAAUUAUAGCUGCCAAUGUUGAUUCUUUGAUAACUGCAGAGAUCCCCCAAAAAAACACUGACCCUGAAUAUUUUAAGGCUGUUAGUGAUUUCAUGAUUCAUGGGCCAUGUGGCGUGGCAAACAAGAAAUCACCUUGUUUGGUCAACGGUCGUUGCUCAAAACAUUUUCCCAAGAAAUUCUCUGAGGCCACUAAUCUUGACUUCAAUGGGUAUCCUGUUUACAAGCGUAGUGAUAAUGGGAAUACAGUUGUCAAAAGUGGUAUUGAAUUGGAUAAUAGAUACGUGGUGCCGCACAAUAGAUAUUUGUUAAUGAAGUAUAGAGCACACAUUAAUGUUGAGUGGUGUAACCAGUCUCGCUCUAUUAAGUAUUUGUUCAAAUAUGUGAAUAAGGGUAAUGAUCGAGUUACUGCCCAAUUUUAUAAGAGUACUGAAACUGAAGAUAGUAGUGAGGUUAUAGAUGAGAUUAGUAUGUAUUAUGAUUGUAGAUACAUCUCUCCUUGUGAAGCUGUGUGGCGUCUUUUUAGUUAUGACAUCCAAUUCCGAAAUCCAGCCGUUGAACGAUUGAGCUUUCAUUUGCCGAAUGAACAAAACAUUGUUUUCGACGAUGAUGUUUCUGUGGAAUCGGUGCUUGAACGCCAGACAGUUAGGCACGGCAUGUUCCUCGCGUGGUUUGAAGCAAAUAAACGGUAUCCGUGUGCUUGUGAGUUAACAUACAAGCAGAUGCCUAAUAGCUUUGUGUGGAAAAAAAGCAUUCGUGAGUGGCAACCAAGGCGUCGAGGAUUUGCAAUAGGUCGCAUGUUCUAUGUGCUGCCAGGUACUGGUGAAAUUUACUAUCUAAGGUGUUUGUUAAAUUUAGUUCGUGGACCAACAUCUUUUCAAGAUAUUCGCACGGUAGAUGGUGUUGAGUACUCUUGCUUUCGAGAUGCAUGUUAUGCUCGGGGAUUGAUUUCUGAUGAGAAGGAGUAUGUUGAUGCAAUACUUGAAGCUAGCCAUUGGGCAACUGCUGCUACUGUUCGUAGACUGUUUGUUACUCUACUUACUUCUAACUCAAUUUGUCAGCCGGAAAAAGUUUGGGAAAUUGUUUGGGCAGAACUUUGCGACGACGCAGAAUACAAUCAACGUACACUGUUGAAUGAUCCAGCGUUUGUGUUGCCUGAAUGUGAGAAGAAAAGAUAUGGGCUUACUGAAUUGGAAAAAUUGUUAUCAUUGUGGGGUAAGAGCUUGCAAGACUUUCCGUGUAUGCCUGUUCCUGAAACCGAUGUGCCAACUGUCGCAUGCAACCGUUUGAUAGCUGAGGAAUUGAAUUACGAUUGUUCAUUAUUGGCCCAGGAGCAUUUGUCAUUAGUUCAGAAAUUAACUGUUGAGCAAAAGCAAGUGUACACUACCGUGUUGGAAUCAGUCGCAGGCAAUAAUGGAGGUUUGUUUUUCGUUUAUGGGUACGGUGGUACAGGUAAAACAUUUGUGUGGAAAACCUUAUCAGCUGCACUACGCUCAAAGCGUAAAAUUGUUUUGAACGUUGCAUCCAGCGGAAUUGCUUCGUUACUCAUGCCUGGUGGUCGGACUGCACAUUCCCGUUUUGCCAUACCAAUCGCUGUGAAUGAGGAUUCCACUUGCAAUAUUUCACAAGGCAGUGAUCUAGCGGAGUUAAUAAUUAAAUGCAGCUUGAUUAUUUGGGAUGAGGCACCUAUGAUGCACAAGCAUUGCUUCGAAGCAUUAGAUAGGACAAUGCGUGAUAUAUUAAGAUUUGCUAAUCCAUCAAGUUGCAACUUGCCAUUUGGAGGGAAAACAGUUGUUCUUGGAGGUGAUUUUAGACAAAUCUUACCGGUGAUACCAAAGGGUACCAGGCAAGAUAUUGUUGGCUCAAGUAUUAACUCUUCUUAUUUAUGGAGUCAUUGUAAGGUAUUGAGGUUAACUCAAAAUUUGAGGUUGCAAAAUGUGGGCUCUACUGGAGAAAGGAGAAACCUUGCUGCUUUUGCUAAUUGGAUUGCGGCUAUAGGUGAUGGCCAGGUUGGUGGUCCAAAUGAUGGUUAUGCAAAAGUUGAAAUCCCUCAAGAACAUGUGUUAAAGACAAAUAGUGAUCCAAUUCGUGCUAUUGUUGAAAGUACAUUCCCUAUGUUUUCUGAGCAUCAACAUGAUGGCAAUUAUCUAAUUGGAAGAGCAAUUUUAGCACCAACUCUUGAAGUUGUCGAUGAAGUGAACGAGUAUAUGAGUAAUAUGAAUGUUGCAGAAUGCCGAACAUAUUUUAGCUCUGACUCAGUUUGUCCGACGGAAAACACUCCUGAUUCAGUUGUCGCACUUCACACCCCGGAGUUCUUAAACGAGUUAAAGUGCUCUGGUGUGUCAAACCAUUCAUUGGCUUUAAAAGUUGGGUCUCCAGUUAUGUUAUUGCGAAAUAUAGAUCACUCUGCUGGUUUGUGCAAUGGCACAAGGUUAAUCAUUUCUAAACUAGGCGACCACGUUGUUGAAGCCACAAUUCUAUUCGGCAGUAAUGCAGGAGCAAAGGUGUUGAUUCCACGAUUGUCGUUGACCCCAUCAGAUCCAAAGUUACCGUUUAAAUUUCAGAGGAAACAAUUCCCCCUAAUGUUGUCGUAUGCUAUGACAAUUAACAAGAGCCAAGGACAAAUGCUUUCUACAGUUGGCCUACUACUGAAAAAACCUGUUUUUGUUCAUGGACAACUUUACGUUACUUUGUCAAGAGUUAGCAAUCCAAAUGGUCUUAAGUUACUUAUUUGCAAUGACAAUGGAGAAUAUGUUUCUUCAACGUCAAAUGUUCUAACUAUUGUCGGAAGUGCUGCAUUUGUUUCUUCCGGAAUGACCACUUAUGGAAGGAGCACUGCAUGCAUUUACUUAUUUCGGAAUGAGCACUUCCGACAAUAG